AGCACACUGACGCAGAUCGCAACAGUAUGUAUUAUUUAUAAUAGCCAAAGAAGAAGAACUACUAGUAACAUAAACGAGAUCAAGAAGAUGAAGAAUCUAGGGACAUUUGGGUCUCCGGCUGGGUCUUCUGUGCCUUCCUCAAUUGGUACAAGGUGCUUGAGAGGAUGGAAGUCGCAGCACUAUGAGUGGGUGUGUAACAUUUUGAGAAGAAGAUCAUCGUCCACCGCGCAUCUUCUCCGACAUCACCAAGGGACUUCUACUCCUUGUAAUCGUCCUGUCUCAAGUUUAUGUUUAAGGGUCUUCACCGCAUGGGCAUUGCGUCCUCCAAUACCGACUACAUCCUUGUGGAGGGUCUCUUUUCCAAUAGGGAAGUUUUUCAGAGGAGACCACAAGGAAGUCAAAGGAAAAGUAAUUCUGAAGAAUGCAAUGUCGAUGUUGGGUCCAUCUUUAAGUUUAACUACGUUAUCUGAGACUGAGAACCUAAAAAGCCGCGAUGUUGGUUACGCAGCACAUCAACAUGCAGACGCCACCUCCAUAUCACCCGAAGUAGACGAGCUUCACAUGUUAGGAAACGUAGCUCUGUAUCGGAGAUUCGUUAAGACUGUACAGGAGCGUGGAGGUCGACGAGAUCGAGAGGAUGUCGAGAACUGUAGAGAUAUGGGGGACGUCGAUAAUAGACCCAGAGCACAUUCGUGCAUACCAGAAUGGAAUGCCUUAUGUGCGGAGGUGCGACGACGGAGUCAACCAAAUUUCAUGCAGGACAUGAAUUUCCUAGAUUUCCA